CUCACAUCAUAGUAUAACUUAACUGAAUAUUGAACAACAAAGGAUGGGUUGAAAAUGCAUAUUUAUAUAUAAACAAGUGAAUACUCGCGCAACACCUGAAAAGGGACACGGACAGCGUGACAGACUUCCCAUGGAAGAAAGCACAGAGAGGCUGAGCUCUUUCUGCACUUUGUAUCAAGACACGAACUGGAUGUAAGCUUGGAUUUUGCAAACGGUGUUUAAAUGUUUUGGUUGUUUUUUUUUUUCUGAGCCAAAGGUUUUUAAGCCAGUUCAAGUCGCCCCGGAGCGAACAUCCAAGCAGCGAGGCGCACGCUGUCAAUAAAAGACUGAGGGCGAAAAAAUAAACUGCACCUCCGUUUCAAGGACGCCAACACGAGGAUCGGACUGCCAAAGAUAAUUUAGGUGGGUGGCCAGGAUGUUUUUUUUUUUUUUUUUUUUUUUUGAUGGAGGGAGCGGUGGCUGUGUUGCAUUAACACAAAUGGACACCGAACUAACCCAAAAGAAAACGCAUGUGGAUUACAGCAACAUAUCAGCGUGAACAUGAAAUGAUACGUUUUUUCUAAUUAAUCUGUAAUUUAUUAAGUUUCCAUCUACUUUCAACAAAUGGAUUGUUAGGACAUCUGAAUGAGGGAUUUUUUUUUUCUUAUAUUUUUAUUUUUUGGUUCGGCGCUCAGUUGGAAAUACUGGCUGGAAAGUGUGCCAUUUACUAAAAUAGAGCUGCAUUCAAAGAAAAAUAAUAUUAAUAAAAACACACACACACACACAGACACACACACACACAUAUAUAUAUAUAGAUAUAUAUAAAGAUAUAUAUCUAUAUAUAUACAUAUUAUAAAAGAAAGCAUUCUAGCAGCAGGGGAGGAUCCGCAUCAAUACAGGGACCAAUAUAAUCACAGGGACACGCCUCGAAGAUCAUUAAACAAAUCAGAUAAACACAUCGAGAAACCCAUCAAUAGAGGUUAUUGAUGAGGUGGUAUAUAAGGCUAAUGAUUGGCCAAACCUCUUUUGACUUAAAAGCUCAGCAACAUUAUGUUGUGGAACCUCUGCUGAACGCUUGAUAGUUGCAGCAUCCAAAGAGAGGGGAAAAAGUAAGAACUUUUUUUAAGAUCAUUAUUACUUUUGCUUCCGACUGUUUUUAUGAGGACAGUGCUGACUGGAAGAACAAAUGCAAACAACAGCUGGAUUAUUCUUCUCCCUUUACAAAUUAGAAUGUCGACUGUCUGUGCUGCUGCUACAGGAAUCUAUGAACCUUUUCAAUUUGGGAGCGAAAUUUCUGAAGAAAAUUUUUAAGAUAUUUAUAGCAGCACUUGAACAAAAAUGGUGGUCGUGAAGAGGAUCCAAUGGAUGACCCAGUCAAUAGGAGAGCUGGUGCCGAGACAGUUUACCUCUACACCAGUGACUCUGUCCGUCUAAAACUCUCUGUUUCAGAGGCACAGCUGCUACAGGCUGGGGAUGUGAUGGGGUGACUGCUGACAUUCCCCUCACCCACCCCCUCUCUCGCUGUAUUAGCACCGUAAGAUAAACAAUGGAUCAGAAUUUCUCAACAGUACGAGAUGGCAAGCAGCUAUCCUCAGAGAGAGACUCGUCUAAACGUGUUCUGACGGGAUGCUUCCUCUCCCUGCUCAUCUUCACCACGCUGCUGGGCAACACCCUCGUGUGUGCUGCCGUCACCAAGUUCCGGCACCUGAGGUCGAAGGUCACCAACUUCUUUGUCAUCUCGCUGGCCAUCUCUGACCUUCUAGUUGCUAUUUUGGUCAUGCCAUGGAAGGCAGCCACAGAAAUUGUGGGGUUUUGGCCAUUUGGAGCAUUCUGCAAUGUUUGGGUGGCUUUUGACAUAAUGUGUUCCACUGCCUCCAUAUUGAACCUGUGUGUGAUUAGCGUCGAUCGUUACUGGGCCAUCUCGAGCCCAUUCCGCUAUGAACGCAAGAUGACCCCUAAAGUGGCAUGUCUGAUGAUCAGUGUAGCAUGGACCCUAUCCGUCCUUAUCUCAUUCAUCCCUGUUCAGCUUAACUGGCACAAAGCGCAGACCACCAGCUAUGCGGAGCUGAAUGGGACGUACCCCAACGGUCUGCCUCCUGACAACUGUGACUCCAGCCUUAACAGGACCUACGCCAUCUCAUCCUCCCUCAUCAGCUUCUACAUCCCAGUGGCGAUAAUGAUCGUAACGUACACCAGGAUCUACCGUAUUGCCCAAAAGCAGAUUAGGAGAAUAUCUGCCCUGGAGCGGGCAGCAGAGAGUGCCAAAAACCGCCACAGCAGCAUGGGGAAUAGUUCAAACAUAGAGAGUGAGAGCUCAUUUAAAAUGUCAUUCAAACGAGAAACCAAAGUCUUAAAGACGUUGUCAGUUAUCAUGGGUGUGUUCGUGUGCUGCUGGUUGCCCUUCUUCAUUCUGAACUGCAUGGUUCCAUUCUGUGAACCUCACUUGCCAGAUGGGUCCACAGACUUCCCCUGUAUCAGCUCCACCACUUUCGAUGUGUUUGUGUGGUUUGGCUGGGCAAACUCCUCACUUAAUCCUAUCAUCUAUGCCUUCAAUGCCGACUUCCGCAAGGCCUUUUCCAUCCUCCUGGGUUGCCACCGGCUCUGUCCGGGGAGCAAUGCCAUCGAGAUUGUCAGCAUUAACAACAACAUGGGUGCCCCUACCUCAAACCCCAACAGUCAGUAUCAGCCCAAGAGCCACAUCCCAAAGGAGGGUAACAAUUCAGCCAGCUAUGUCAUUCCCCACAGCAUCUUGUGUCAGGAGGAGGAAUUCCAGAAGAAAGAUGGAUAUGGAGGGGAGAUCGAGGUGGGAAUGGUAAACAACACCGUAGAGAAACCCUCCCCAGCCAUCUCUGGAAAUUUAGACAGUGAUACUGAGGUCACACUGGAAAAGAUCAAUCCCAUAACACAAAAUGGGCAGCAUAAAACCAUGUCAUGUUGAGAAAAUGGCGGCUCAAAGAUGGAUCAGAGUACAAUGAAGCUUGUACGAGAAAAAUCUUACGCAGGAGAAUAGAAAAACAAAACUCAGAGACAACGUCUCUAAAAACAUGCCUGACAGGGAACCAGUAAUGGGACCUUCAGACUGUCGAACAUCCACAUGGAAAAAUCUUCAGAAUGUUUUAAAGUAAAGGCACUUUAUCCUGAAUAUAACUAUCUGCAAAAUACUUUCAGCAUUUAUUGAUGAAAUUGCUACGUUUGAUGAUAAAUGUUGAAAACUUGUAUAAUAAAGCAGAACACCAGUGCACAUGUAUUCAUCUUUUCAAUACUCACAAAGAUGUAUACAUUUGCAUGUGUAUACUGUACAGUACUACUCCGGAAGAACUUAAACACAGUAUAUACAGUGGAGGAAAGUGUAGUAUUAGUCAAAUAUCAUGUAGUUAGGUGAUUUGUAUGUGUUUCAUGAAGGAGAGAACAAUGUGGCUAAAUUGGUGCAGUAAAAUUAGCUGCAUUUUGCAAUUAUUUUGCUUCAGUACAUUUGUAAUGACACCUGUAUUGCAGUGGUGAUCCAUUCUAUUUAAAAUGACCUCAAAAGCCCAAGUGACAAUGCUCUGAGUAAAGCUAAAAUAAGUAAAUGGGGGAGAAGAGUUUAAUUUUUUUGUAUAAAUAUUGAUCUUUUACCUCCCACCCCACUAUAAUCCCGCAGGUCUUCUUUGUUCAGAGGUUCAGUUUAUGUGUAUGUUAAAGAGAGAAAGACAGGGAAAUGGAGAAAGUCACUGCUAUGGUUUGCUUUCUAUUCCCGUAUCAAGUUUCUGAUUGAUCCACAGUCAACUGGGACUUAACAGACUGUCUUGUUUGAACUUUCCUCCAUUUCUUCUCCCAGCUCCUGGCUUCAUCUCAUUUCCUGCCACUCAGCAGCAAAUCUCUCCACUCUCCUGUCCUCUCUGUUUCCCUGUUCGCCUUUCCUCACUCUGCAAAUCCCCUUUCUCUUUCAUUACAAGCUCCCUCCUUCUUUCCAUUUUCUCUGUCAACGGGGUCCAUUGCACCUGCACUAUACCUCCCUUUAAUAUUUAUCUUUCUGUCCGCACCCUCCCCACCAUCUCCUUUGGCAGUCCUCCAUUUUAAGUCCUUCCUCUGCUCUCUUAAUGUAGGGAUCAUCAUUCUCAUCUUGGCAAAUGCAACCAGUUAAUAAUUUAAGAUUAAAUAAAGGAAAAGGAAUUCAUAGAGACAAAAUGAAACUCCUUGUGUCGAGGAUGCCGAGCAGCAGGUUCACUCAGCCGGAAUACAAGUGACACUUAGUGACCUUUUGCAAACUUGCAGAUAUCAGAUUUUGUAAAUUGCUCACGCUGGGAGCCAUACUGUGCUGUAGUAGCAAUGUGGAGCAUGCGGUGUGACAGUCGCUCUCUUUGCAGACGUGGAGUCACAGACAAGACACCACAAUAAGGAUUACCCCUCCCCGAGGUAUCGGACACAUUUUCCGUCUUGGCACAGCUGCAUUUUGAAAAUGAAAAACACCAAAAAAGAUUAUGAUCACAAGUGGUGCAAUUCAAAUUAAAUCAUGUUAGUUCUCAUUACAGAAUGCUACUCUUAUGCAACUAUUGAUUCAAUGCGUCAUAUUUGCAUAUUUGUAAUAUCUCAUGCAAUUUCCCAUUUUAUGGCUGAUUUAAUCUAAACCUUUACAAUAUCAAACACUAGCUAAAGUGAGCUACUUUAAGAGAAUAUACUAAUCAUACCCGAACAACAACAACAACAAAAAAGAUAAAUAGUAGGACUUACGCUUUUAGAAAUUACAUAACAGUGCUGAUUCUAAAAAAUAUUAAGGAUAAUGUAAGCUACUGUUAAUGCAGUGUUAAAUGAUAUAAGCCAGAAUUUAUUGUCACUUUCAUGUAGGUGGAUUUUAAGUGACAUAUAUUUAGUGUGGCAUACAUCUCUCUAAGUCUGAUAUAAUUAGCUCUCAAGAUGCUACAUGCCAAGUCUUUCUGUUCAUUUUGGUGUUGCUGGGAACAGUGCAUGCCGUGUUCAGUGCAUAUUGUUUGUGUUUGCAAAGCCGUGGAACUGUUGCACAUUGGAGAAAGGAAGAGCCCAUCCAAUAGAAAGCAAUUGGUCUUGAAUGAAGCAUUUGAUUUUCCUGCGCUGGAAAAUCCAAUGCUAUCUAGAUGGCAGCAAAGCGGGGGGGAAGCUUUUGGCUCAAUAUGCGGCUUGGCCCAUUACAAAAGCACCUCAUUGUCCUUUUAGCCUCCCCGCAACCUCCCACAUGCUGCUCCAUCAGUCUGGACUUUAAUGUUCGUGAAGUGCAAUUUGGAUUAGCACACUUUUCUUAUGAUUUCAUUUAAUGUUGCAAGUGCUCAAGCUUAAAAGUGCCACAUGCUGUUACUUCCCUCUUUACACUCUGCCAUGUCUUUUCUUUUAUUUUUAUUUUUUACAAAUACUCAGCCAUAUCAGCUCAACCACCCUCCUUUCUCACUGUGCAACAGUUCUUCUAAAUUUACUCCAUAAUUAUUUCCAAACACAUGCCAGCACAAAGAUGCGAUAAAACAUGAAGUGUGUAUAAUCUGUCAGGCUCGGACAUGAAAGGAAACUGCCUCGGGGAAGACUGCCCCUCCAUCCUCCCCUGCCCUGAACUCCCCACACCUCCGUCCUCCUCUUUCUCUUUCUCUUUCUCUUUUGUCUUCGCUGCCUCUGUCGACCUGACGUACAUUCUCAAUGUUAACACAGAUUGAAUUUAUUAUUAAACAGACAGAGCCCACUGUUUCCUUACAGUAAUCUGUCAAAGUGCUGAAUCGGAGCUACACUGAGUCACUUUGCUAUUAAUUAUACUGUUAAUGUGUUUUUUUUUUUGUUUGUUUUUGCCAAAAUUCUUACUUCUGGCUGAAUGUGGCUGUAUUGUAGCAUAUGCUGUAAUUUAACCAGUGUGUGGGAAGCUGACAUUGAGGGGGGGUGGGUUACAGAUUAAUCUGCCAUUUUUUGUGACAUCAUUGGGAUCCACAGGUUUACCAGAUGUUUUUCAUAAAUGCUGUUUAUAUACAUUUAUAGAAACCUCCAGCUGAGAGUUGACAUGAUCUUUGCUGUAUUCUGCCUCCAUGUAACCCUUCCCCCUCCCCACUCCCCAAGCCUUCACCUUGUCAACUCGGUGAGUCAUCUUUGCAGCUGCCACUGCUUUGAUUUUGGAGAAGGGGCAAUGUUAGGCAAAAAAAGUCACAAUAGCAAAAUGUUUUGUUUGGAUAUGAAGACUUUCCUCCAGGCUGCCCUAUGAGCUCCUUUGGGGCACGAUGGUGACAGUACAUGUUCUCUCAAUCAGCGUAGUAACAUGAAGUAUGACGACUUAAACAAAUCUGACAUUGCAGAAUUCCUUCGCCUCAUUUUCCUUCGAUGAGUGAACCAGCAGAUGUAGGUCUGAGCAACAUUCCCAGGCGUUGGGGUUGUGGAGCCAUUUUAAUGAUGAUGUUUCACCUCAUUCAACUAUCUAGAGCAAUGACAGAGUCCCUACCUCAACCUCAAUUCAGUGACAGAGCUUCAUAUAGGUGAAAAAAGUCAAUGGCAGUAUUAUGGGUUAGGGAGUGCAGGGAUAUAGUAUUGUAUAAUGAUGUUAAAAAUGUAGUCGUGAUGAACACAAGUGCUUUUUAUCUUUCAGAGUCCUUAAUGUGUGUAGCAGACUUAUGCUGUAUGUUUUCUCCAGUGUGGGAUUAAAAUCUACAGUAAGAUGCAACAGUCACUGACUGUUUAUGUAUUCAUUUAUUUACAUGUUUCUGGUGUUCAUCCAUGAAAGUGAUGUCAAAGUAUAUAACCUGCAGAAUUAUUUAGGUUACAGUUUGUACAAAACAAAACAAAACAAAAAAAAAAUAAGAAAAAAAAAUAAGAAACAAGGAAAAAUGUACUCUUCUUGUACAAUAAACAUGUAUGUAUGUUUUUUUU